AAAUUCCAACCACCUCUCCCUGGCAGGCAGGGACCAGCAGCUCUGCUCCCCCAGAAAUCAGCACGAUGAAGCUGUUCACUGGUCUCAUGUUCUGCUCCUUGGUGCUGGGAGUCAGCAGCCAAAGGUGGUGGUCGUUCCCCAGGGAAGCUGUGCAAGGGGCUAGAGACAUGUGGAGAGCCUACUCUGACAUGAGGGAAGCCAAUUUCAAAAAUUCAGACAAAUACUUCCACGCUCGAGGGAACUAUGAUGCUGCGAAGAGGGGUCCUGGGGGCGAAUGGGCUGCUAAAGUGAUCAGCGAUGCCAGGGAGAAUUUCCAGAGAGUCACAGACUUCUUUAAGUUUGGAGACAGUGGCCACGGCGUGGAGGACUCGAGGGCUGACCAGAUUGCCAAUGAAUGGGGCCGGAGUGGCAAAGACCCCAAUCACUUCCGACCUCCUGGUCUACCUGAGAAGUACUGAGCAUCCUCUGAGGACAGGAACACAGAGUUAUUAAGUUCUGUGUCCACAAAUGCUAGUACAGGUGCAUUGCAGGUGCUGAAUAAAUGCUUAAGAAAUCAAUUUUGUUGCCCAAAA